CAAUUGCAUACAUGGUUAGGCCCGUUUUAAAUGGAGCUGCAUGUUUGUGGGUAAAUGCAUGAACCAGUGAAACCUGUAGCGUGUACAGUAACCGACUAGUGUCUGGCUUCUUUUUUUCAUAUCCACAGUAGUACUUCCGGGUGUUUCGCUCGCGUUUGAGAUUUUUUCUGUUUGGAAACCUUUUCAUUGCUUCGCCUGCGUAAUGGUGUGUGGUUAUGAUUGCGAUAAAAACAAAUGUAGUCCAAAAGUAAAUGUGUUUCUUUCAUUGUAAAUAUUAACGUGUUACGUUCUACUUUUGUCCCGUUGACACCGAGAGUCGACUCCAUGUCCAGAUGUUGAACACAGCCACAUUCGCAGUCCAUCGGAUAAUAUGUUGCUGCUUGUCGUGUAAAGUAGGUUACGUUGCUAUGACUUUGUCUUCUGCGAAAUGAAACGCGUCGUUCUAAUUUUAGUAUCGUUACUUUUGACGGAAUGCUCAAAGAGUGCUCCCAAGGAUGCCUUAAACGCCGAAUAUGGUCACCUUGGUUCAGUGCUUUCAGACUUCGAUGUGCUGAGCUUGUCCAGCCUGCAGCAACACUCUGUUCGUAAGCGAGAUGUGCAGUCACACACUCAUGCGGAGAGACUAAUAAGCUUCACUGCCUUACAGAGGCACUUCCGGCUCUACCUGGCUACCAAUACCGAGCUGUUCACAGACGACUUCAGCGCUGUGGUGAUGGGAGUAGGCCGCACGCAGGAAGCUUAUGAGGUCCAGAGACAGAACUUCUUCACAGGCCACGUCAUUGGGGAGGAAAGCUCACGCGUGCAGGCUCACAUUGAUGACAGUGACUUCACUGCCCACAUCCUGACUGAUGAAGCAGAGUACAACAUUGAGCCUCUGUGGAGGUUCACGGAAGGUGCCCCGGAUGGACGCUUGCUGGUGUAUCGCUCGGAGGAUAUCCGGAACAUGAGCCGACUGGCUGCCCCUAAAGUGUGUGGCUACAUCACGACACCGGCUACCCAGCUCCUGCCUGAGAAUGUGAGAAGAGCCUCAGCACUGGAGGAAGAAGAGGAGGAGCACUUGAGGGAGAGGAGGCAGGCAGUGGACCACAGUAAAAACACCUGCCCACUGCUGUUGGUGGCAGAUUAUCGCUUCUUCAGACACAUGGGCCGCAGGGAGGAGAGCACUACCAUCAACUACCUGAUAGAAUUGAUCGACCGCGUGGAUGACAUCUACAGAAACACAUCUUGGGAUGAGGAGUUCAAGGGCUAUGGUGUUCAGAUCCAGCAGAUUAUAAUUAACAGAAACCCCACCCCAGUGGAGUCAGGAAAGGCCCACUUCAACAUGAAGGGGAGUCCAGUGAAGAACAGAGAUGUGUAUGUGAAAAAGUUGCUGGAGCAAUUCAGCAUUGACAUUGCAGACAAUGCCUCCAGGGUGUGCCUGGCUCACCUGUUCACCUAUCAGGACUUUGAUGAGGGCACGCUGGGCCUCGCCUACGUGGCCCCAGCAAAAGACGGAGUUCCUGGAGGCCUCUGUUCCAAGGAGGGCCUACAGUCGAGUGACCACCGUGCCAUGUUCCUGAACACAGGUUUAACCAGCACCAAGAAUUAUGGGAAAACUAUUCUGACUAAGGAAGCCGAUCUGGUGACCACUCAUGAGCUUGGACACAACUUUGGGGCUGUCCAUGACCCAGACGAAGUUCCUUACUGUGCCCCCAGUGAGGAACAGGGGGGCAAAUACGUCAUGUACCCCAUUGCUGUGAGCGGGGACCGCUCCAACAACAAGCUGUUUUCCAACUGCAGCAAGAUCUCUAUAGCCAAACGGCUGAGGCACAAAAGUGCAUCCUGUUUUAAGGAGAGAAACAGUAAGGUGUGUGGGAACUCACGGGUGGAGGAGGGUGAGGAGUGUGACCCAGGGCUGCUCCACCUCAGCACAGACCCCUGCUGCACCGCCACCUGUAAGCUGCGGCUGGACAAGAAGUGCAGUGACAGGAACAGUGCGUGCUGUAAGAACUGCAUGUACGAGAAGCAGGGCAAGCAGUGCCAGGAGGCCAUUAAUGCCACCUGCAAGGGCGUGUCCUACUGCACAGGUAACAGCAGUGAGUGUCCUCCUCCAGGGAACCUCCCAGAUCACACCACGUGUGUGGACAGUGGUCAGUGUCUGAACGGAGAGUGUGUGCCCUUCUGUGAGGCUUCUCAGAAACUGCAGUCGUGUGCCUGCAAUGUGACGGACAGCUCGUGCCAGGUGUGCUGUCGCAGCGCGAGUGGUGUGUGCAUGCCGUACCGCGACAAGCAGGGCAGCUUCCUGUACCUGCGCAAAGGCAAACCCUGCACCGUAGGCUUCUGCGAUGGCGCAGGUAAGUGCAUGAAACAGGUGCAGGAUAUGAUCGAGAGGUUGUGGGAUUUCAUGGACAAGUUGAACAUCAACACUUUCGGGAAGUUCCUGGCUGAUAACAUUGUGGUCUCGGUGCUGGUUUUCUCCCUGCUCUUCUGGAUCCCCCUCAGUAUACUUGUCCACUGUGUGGACAGGAAGCUUGACCAGCAGUAUGAAUUCAACACUAGAUCACUCUUUUACCCCAGUAAUGCAGAGUUGCUGAGCACCCUGGAGUCAGCCUCCGUGCGCAUCUUCAAGCCUCCCCCAGCGGCUCUCUCUGUAGUGCCACGGUUCCAUAACGCAGGCCCCCUGCAGACCAGCACCCCCCCUGUGCUUCUGCCCCCCGCCAGCCCGGCAAUGACCAUCUCGGGCCCACUGCCCAGCAUGGAACACCAGCGCAUGGCCACAAUCCAGGAAGACCCAAGCUACGACUCCCACCUGGGUGAUCAGGCCCCGGUGGAGGAGUUUCCCAUGCCCAGCUCCAUCCCCCGCUCCUUCGAAGACCUGACGGAGAGUCGGGAGCAAGCCCUGCCUUUCAGAAUGAACAGACACAGGCCCAGGAAAAGCAAGGAGACUGAGUGCUAAAAAAAAGAAAGAAAAAAGUGUGUUGCUUUGCUGAAGAGUUGAGAGCUGAGCAUCACAGUGGAGUGAGUGAGAGUGACAGUAUGAGUGUUAGAAGUGAAACAGAAUAAGCGCUGCUUGCAUAAGUAAUGUGUGGGAUGAUGGUUACAUAAUGCUCUUUUAAUCUAUAGUAUUCAGAAACAGCCAAACUGAAGGCAGCAGGCAUUGUGGACUCUGAAAUUCCAUAUGGCGUUAAGAGUGUUUAUUGCCAAGAUGACUGUAUCGUGGUUGCUGAGCUGCAUUUUGGGAUAUGCACUAUGCACACAGUUCAUAGGAGAUCUACAUAUAUGUGAGCAGCUUUAUUGUUAAAGGCUGUUGAAGCUAUUUACAAAGCUUUUUAGCUAGAGAGGUAUGAAGAACAUCUGGAGAAGCAUGUACAGUGGGCUGGGUAUGGUUCAUCUGUACUUUUGUUCCUGCAUAUACAUAACUGCUGCAACUUUGGACCUCUUUGGAUAACUAUAGAUACUGUUACAAUUGAACUUUACAGAACAUAAUGAAUACUAACUGACUGCUGGUUCGUUAGGGCAGUGUUAUGAUCUCCCAGUCUUGGCGAGUUCAGCGUUUCCCCUACAUUGACGCGUGUGGUGCAGGUGUUAGCUGGAGCAUUUAUCUUAUAUUAGCCUGUAGCUGGAGCAUGCAGAGCUCUACCUUUCAGGAGAGAACGUUGUAUAGCAAGAGGUGUAACAAUAGUUCCAUACUUGUAAUGGUGUUACACAGAUGUUUGGGGUUCUUUCUCAUAUUCACCAGCAACAUAAAACUUACCAGUAUCUUUUUUUUCUUUUUAUUAAUCAAUUCCAAGUUUUCUUUUCUGGUGCUCUUUUAUGCCAAAGAUUAUCUUACACAAUUUACUGACAUUAGUUUUUUUUCUUAAAUAACUGAUAGUAGUUUAUAUUUAAGAAGUGGCCUGUACGUGCUCGGCUUGCACUGUGUGUACAGUGGGCAGAUAAUUGGCCUUCUGACAUAAUUCGAAAAUACCAGUAAUUCAGUAACUAUAUUUGUGUGAAAUGUUAAUGUAAUUUUUUUUACUGACAUCCUGUAUUCAUUGUACCUUUGGGUAUAUCCAAAGUGCUUUCUCUUGUGCUGUUUUGUGGAUACUUUUUGUUUACUCUGUAUUCUGCCACAUUCAAUCACCUAUAGUACAAUAAGCACAAACGUGCAUAAAAACCCAGAUCUUUGGACUUAGUUACAUUGCAAUAAAUUAGCAUAAGGCCGCAUCUUCCACUGUAGUUUAAAAGAAACUGAUGCCCAGUAUAAAUGUGUUUUAUGUUGGAUUUUAUAUCGUUUCAUUUGUAUGCAUGUUUUCUUUGUUAAUAUAUCCUAAUGGUGAUUUAACUUGGUACUUAAAAAUGGUCGGGUGACAAACACUGCUUUAUACAUUUAAGAUUCUUGUUUUUCACCUUUCCUCUGGUGUUAAAUUCUGUGAAAACCUUUAGAUAUUGAACUCCUUCAGUCAACAGCACUGCAAUUGUUAUACUACAAUACUGACUGAAGUAUUAAGAAUGUGCACGUCGUAAUAUUUUUGAUAUUUGAAUGAGUUCUUUCUUAAUACAAAUUUUAUUUACACAGAA